GCUGGAAACCCCGUCCAACCCUCUUCCUCUCGCUGUCCACAAGCAAGAUGCCUGGUGUCACAGUGAAAGACGUCAACCAGCAGGAGUUUGUCCGUGCCCUGUCGGCUUUCCUGAAGAAGUCAGGAAAGCUGAAGGUCCCAGAUUGGGUGGACAUUGUCAAGCUGGCCAAACACAAGGAGCUGGCCCCCAGUGACGAGAACUGGUUCUACACCAGAGCUGCUUCCACAGUUCGCCACCUGUACCUGCGUGGGGGUGCCGGUGUGGGCUCCAUGACCAAGAUCUACGGUGGUCGCCAGAGGAACGGUGUGUGCCCCGCCCACUUUAGCGUCGGCUCCAAAAAUGUGGCCCGUAAGGUGCUGCAAGCCCUCGAGCUUCUCAAGAUGGUGGAGAAGAACCCCAACGGUGGUCGCAGACUAACCGCCCAGGGAACCAGAGAUCUGGACAGGAUUGCUGGCCAGGUUGCAGCUGCAAAGUUGCCGCCGAAGGCUGCACCCACAGUUUAAUAAAUCUAUUUUUGGAGAAGGUGAAA